GUGGACCCCAAAUCGACCGAGCGUCGUAGUCUCGUUCUAGUCUUUGCCGCAUGUGCUCGCGUUUCCGACUCCUUUCCGUAUUUUUGAUUGUUUCAUUUAGAGAGAGCUAGACUUAGAUUGAAAUUGUUGUCGAGAUGUCUCAAGUGGACAAGGAUGAACUGGUGCAGCGUGCCAAGUUGGCUGAACAGGCGGAGCGCUACGAUGACAUGGCUUCUGCGAUGAAGUCCGUCACUGAAACCGGUGUAGAACUCAGCAAUGAGGAGCGAAACCUUCUUUCUGUUGCCUACAAGAACGUCGUCGGCGCCAGGAGGUCUUCAUGGCGAGUUAUCUCCUCCAUCGAACAGAAGACUGAAGGCUCUGAAAGGAAGCAGCAAAUGGCCAAGGAGUACAGAGAAAAAGUCGAAAAGGAAUUAAGAGAGAUCUGCUAUGAUGUACUUGGUUUGUUGGACAAAUACCUAAUUCCAAAAGCAAGCAACGCAGAAUCUAAAGUGUUCUACCUUAAGAUGAAAGGAGAUUACUACCGGUAUCUAGCAGAGGUGGCAACCGGUGACGCCAGAAAUACUGUGGUAGAAGAUUCGCAAAAGGCCUACCAGGAGGCGUUCGAUAUCGCAAAAUCAAAAAUGCAAUCGACGCACCCCAUCCGGCUCGGUUUAGCGCUUAACUUCUCCGUAUUCUAUUAUGAAAUUAUAAAUUCUCCGGCGAGAGCUUGUCAUUUAGCCAAACAGGCUUUUGAUGAUGCAAUAGCAGAACUCGACACAUUAAAUGAAGAUUCGUACAAGGAUAGUACCCUAAUAAUGCAACUCCUUCGAGAUAACCUCACGCUCUGGACAAGUGACAACCAGGGUGAAACGGAUGAGCCCCAAGAAGCAGGUGAUAAUUGAAAAGUGUGGUGUCCGUUUUUAAAAUUAAUCGUUAAAUUUCAUGUAAGUUAACGUAUUCGUGGAACUGGUUGUGAAGUUUCACAUGAAACUUUUGAUAAUUAAGAAUGUUUUUAGUGAAGCGUAAAAUGUUUACGUUUAUGUUCCACAUUUACACAACUUAGUUUAUUCUAUCUCCACCAUCCGAAGGAAGUUGUGUGCGUUCGAUAUGUCAAUUGGGCAAAUUUUUUUUUUCUCGGACCGUCCCCGCAGCACGAAAGUGACUCGAAAAGCGAGUCACUCGGGGUCGGUAGUAUAUAUUUUUUUUCUAAUUACUUGUAUAAUUUAUUUGAGUUCUUUUACUAUUCUAAUUUGUUAAAAUAUUAAAAGAUUAUUUAACAAUUAUUUAGUUCUUAUUACUUAUUUUUCAUCAAUUCUUUCAUUUUUAUUUUGUAUUUCGUCAAAAAACCUCUCGAAUCACGGUACCUAAGUUGUUUCGUUUUAAUCGUCAUAAAACAAAAGGAAACUAUUAGUCCACUUUAUUUGCACUUUAUCUGCAUGAGCCGUUAAAAAGUUCCGCUCUCCCUUUUUCUGCCUCCAUUUGUACUAUCCUCCCCCUCAUCCAAAAAGAACCCGUCCCAAAGAGAUAUCUCUCCCUUAUUUACCAUCAAAAACUCACUUUGGAUGUGCUAUAUAUAUAAAUGUAUGAAUAUGUAUUAAAAUAAACUGCUAUCAGCUACUUGUUUUCUGUUGUAUCCGCGAAUUAUAUUUGUCAGAUAUAAAAAAAAAAAAUAAAUUUUUAAAAACCUC